AUGGCUAGGAAAAACAAAUCCAAAAAGAAACAACAACAAUCACAAGAGUCCCUGCAAUCAGAAGCAUUGCCAAUCUUGGAAUUAAAAUUCUCUGAACCAUUAUUCCAAUUCGUUUGUCAUCCUGAAAAACCAAUAAUUAUAAGCGGUCUCGCUAACGGAUACAUUUAUUGUCAUCGUUAUGAUCCAAUUAAGUUACAAUCUAUAUUGAAUCGAAACAAACAAGAAUCCUUACGUAAAAAGAAAAAUGAAACAAAUCAAACUACCUCGAAUGAUGAAAAAUUUUGGACUGUCAUAGACGUCUUGAAAGAAGAUAAAGAAACCGCUGAUUCCUCGGAUAAUGGUAUCGUGGAAUUGUUAUGGAAAACUAAAAGACAUAAGGGAAGUGUAAGAGCCAUUUGUGUAGAUUCCAAUGGCUCAUAUGUUUAUUCGAUUGGUAUCGAUAACGUUUUAAAGAAAGCGGAUUUUGAAACUGGGAAAGUUGUGAAAAAAACCACUCUUAAGAAUCAAAAGGCUAAAUUUACUAAGAUUGUUAAAUCAACUACUCAUCCUUUCCUUUUACUUGGUGAUGAAGAUGGGAAUGUGUUGAUGUUGGAUAGUAAUGAUCUAAGUUUGAAAAAUAAAAUAAAAAAAAUUCAUAAUGGGGAUGCUAUUAAUGAUAUUUUCCAUUUUGAGAAAAAAUCUAUUUAUAAAUUUAUAUCAUUGGGUCAAACUACAUUGGCUUAUUGGGAUUGUAGAGUAUCUAAUGAAGAUGAUUUUAAAAUUGCUCCAGAUGAUGAUGAGACUAAGAGGAAAGUGUUAUUAAGUGAUGAUCAAGAAGAUGAAAUGUUAUGUGGGACUUUUGUAGAUCCACAAACAGCUGAUAUAAUUGUUUGCGGUAUGGGUGAAGGUAUCCUAACUGUUUGGAAACCAGAAAAAAAUGAUCUAGAAGAUCAAUUAUCAAGAAUAAAAAUUAGUAAAGGUGAAAGUAUAGAUUGCAUAAUUCCAACUUUACAAGACGAUAACUGUAUAUGGUGUGGCUCGUCUGAUGGGAAUAUAUAUAAAGUGGAUGUAAAGAGGGGUAAAAUGAUUGCAAUGAGGAAACAUAGUUCAUUAGAUGAAGUUACUUCCCUAGAUUUGGAUUAUGAAUAUAGAGUUAUAUCAGGUGGAAUGGAUAAAUUAAAAAUAUGGGAGUUCAAAGGCAAUGAUGAUGAUGAUGAUGAUGAUGAUGAUGAUGAUGACAACGGAGACGAAGAAAAUGAAUCACAGAGUGACAUAUCUGACAGUGGUUCCUCAGUAGAAAGUGGAGACGACAAUGAUGAUGAAGAUGAAGAUGAAGAUGAAGAUUCAGGUAAAGAAGCUGGAAGUUCUUCCGAUAAAGACUCUGAUGUAUGGGACAAAUUAAAUGAUGAAAAUGAUGAAAGCGGAAACGAAGAUGGUUUUGAUGAGGAAAGGUCAGAUAAUGAGAGCUCAGAUGAAGGUACACUGAUUGGACUAUCUAGAGAAGAAUUAAUUGCUGAACUUGAUAAGGAUCAGAUAAGUUCAUCAGAAGAGGAAACUACCAAACCUAGCAAGAAAAGAAAGCUCUCAGCAAAAGCUAAGAAAGCAGCAGCUAAAGCAGCCAAGAAACAACAAAAUUUCUCACAUGGAAUUAUGAAAUUUGAAGGGUUAUAG